AUGGCCAGGACCGAUCGAGCGCUGCAGGCCUACCUCCAGCCUCUGAAGAACGACAUCGACCGGCUGUACAGCCUCUCCUCCCGCCUCUCGCUCACCUACCGCGAGCUGGCCGCCGGGUCCUCGGAACUCUUCUCCCCGACGGCCACCACACGUCUGCCCACCGGUCGUGAAACAGGCCGCUAUCUGGCAGUGUACCUGGGUCUGCAUUACCUGCGUGUGGUCUUUAUCGAGCUGCUCGGCGAGGAACAGGUGGGCAAGCACUCGCAUGUGCGUCGCACGCUGGAGAAGGCGUGGCCUAUCGAGGACCGUCUGCGGAGGGACCAGGCCACGUCGUUGUUUGCGUGGAUUGGUGACUGCAUCGCCGAGGUGAUCCAUGAUGACUUGGCCAAUUCCAAGGUUGAUGCGCCAUCAGAGGUGACUAUGGGCAUCUCCUUUUGUUUUCCCAUCAAACAAAAAUUUCUCAAUGAAGCCAUCCUGUUGCCAACUGGGAAGGGUUUUGCUUUGGGUGCCUCUCUCAAUCUUCAGCAGGCGCUGCUAGACGGCUACGAGUGCCACACGCGGCGUUCGGACGAGGACCCCGCCGAGAUGCGGGCAAAACGACAAAAGAAAUACUGCCUACCCAAGCUGAAGAUCACUGUCAUGACUAACGAUACCAUCGCCACUCUCGCAUCAUUGGCCUAUUCCAUUCGCGCUUUGCCCAAUACCCGCGUGGUGAUGGGGUUGAUCUGUGGUGCAGGCUGCAAUUCCGCAGUCCCAAUGAGACUCUCCGAUCUACAGGAAGAGAAGACCCGGCAUAUACGAGAAAAGGACCCAGAUGCCGUGGAGACUGUUGUCUCGACCGAGUGGACGCUUCGAGGUGCAACGGCUCCUUUGUCUGAACUGGGAAUCAUUACGGACUGGGAUAAAGAGCUGGAAGCUCAUUCGGAUCGUCCAGGGUUCCAGCCACUGGAGUAUCUCGUGGGAGGCCGAUAUAUGGGCGAGCUUGUGCGAAUCAUCUGCCAUGAAUGGUUCCAUGAAGUCAAAGCAGUACCACAGUCUUCACUGCCGCUGCAGCUGGUGGAAAGGUACAAGCUGACCACCGACUUUCUCUCUCUCGACGUGGCAACAAGCUCCUCGGACGAGGAGCUCGCAAAGAAACUGUCCGCAAAAAUUCCUCCUCCGGAAUCUAGUGACUGGACAUGGACACCCGAGUAUGCAGGUCAUAUUCGCUCGAUCGCGGCCGCAGUGCAGGACCGAUCGGCUGCUCUGGUAGCGGCUGCCACCGUUGGACUACUCGCCUGCACGCGCGAGAUCCGACUACAAAAUACCGAGCCUCUGGACCCUCCGACAGACACGGAAAAUGACGCGGAUAGCGAAUCACAAGCAGCACGGCGAAGCGCGGCGCCGAAAAUCGAGGUCCCCAAGAACGGCUCCUCAAUACCGGGCUGGAAGAACGGCCCCGAAGAAUUGGUCGUGGCCGUCUCUGGUGGUGUGAUUCGACACUACCCGGCUUAUAAAGAGACAAUUCAACGAUACAUUGAUCGACUUCUUAUCAGUGCUGGGCCCCAGAGUGAGGGAAAGAGCAUCUUUCUUCGAGAAGCCAGCGAUGGUGGCAUCAUCGGUGUGGGUGUCCUGGCAGGAACUGUGGCUGGUGAGAUCAAUGGGAUCAUCAGCUCGCCCCAAGACGAAGCGGCCAGCCAAAUGGGCGCACCCAACAUUCCAUCCAUCGACGGACGGUGA